GAGCGCCCCAAACGGUGACGAUUAAAAGGUGCGACAAACACUUCGCCGCAAAGAAGAGCGCCACGAUGGAGCUGGACAUCAAUAGUCCAGUUUUAAGGGAGUUUGGCAGCGAACAAAGUUUACUUUCCAAACCUGACGGUUCAGCCACGUUCAUGCAAGGAGACACCAGUGUGAUGGUUGGAGUGUAUGGACCAGCUGAGGUUAAAGUCAACAAGGAGAUCUAUGAUCGAGCGACUUUGGAGGUUCUGAUCCAGCCCAAAUCCGGCAUGCCGAGUGUCCGGGAGCGCACGAGAGAGCAAUGUGUGCGGGAGACGUGCGAAGCUGCUCUGCUGUCCACUCUUCAUCCUCGCUCCUCUCUCACACUGGUCCUGCAGGUGGUGCAUGAUGACGGAUCGUUGUUAGCGUGCUGUCUGAACGCUGCAUGCAUGGUGCUGAUGGACGCCGGGCUGCCCAUGAGCCGCCUGUUUUGCGGAGUCACGUGUGCCAUCGACGCAGAGGGCCAAAUCAUCACAGACCCCACGGCUCAGCAGGAAAAGGAAAGUCGAGCCCUAUUGACUUUCGCCAUCGAUAGUAAAGAGCACAACGUUAUGAUGUCAUCAACAAAAGGUUCUUUCUCAAUGAAAGAGAUGCAGCAGUGUAUAGCCGUGAGCCAGAAGGCGUCUGAGCGGAUCUUCCAGUUUUAUAGAGAUUCCGUGAAACGACGAUACUCCAAAAUAUUAUGACCUCAUUAUUUCUCUUGUAUUUUUCUGGUGACUUUUUUUUUCUGUAUUAAAUGUACUUCUAAACUCUACAAUUCAACGUGUUU